GUAGGAGUUAACCAACUCCAGAAGAUGGCAGUAAUGCAACACUAAGGACGCCAGUUACCGUUGAAGAAGAAGAAGAAGCCUCGGCGGAAAGACGAGAGAGUAGGCGAGAAUUGUUGUCGGUGUUUGUCAGUGUUAGGAGAAAGGAAAGAAGAAAAAUACGUUUCUCCACAUAACGCCUAGAAUGACAGAUAGGAAACCGUGUAAGGUGUGCAAUUUCACACGACAACAAUCAUAUGGGUUGGUAGUGCCCUCCUUAGAUGAGCUGAAGGUAAAAGGAUGUGAGUUUCUCGGGUUCAGCCCCAGUGACCCGGUCACAGUGGUCCUAGAGGAUGAUGGGACGAUAGUAGAGGAUCAGGCCUACUUUUUGUGUUUACCCUCAAACACGAAGUUCAUGCUGUUGCAUGAAAAAGAGACAUGGUCUCCAGUUCGCAGGAUCGAUGGUGGCACGGCCUGGAUGGCCAGGGAUUCUGUGAUUUUGGAGACUGAUACUGUGGACAUGUCCAGUGCUGCAGCAGCCUGGUGGGACCUGGCUCAGCAGCUGAAGCAGGACCUUGCCAGCAUCAUCCUCAUGUCUGAGGCAGACUUACAGACCUUAGUGGAUGCCCCAUGCCCUGAGCUAGCCUUUGCUCUGGGCUUCCAAGAGAAGAAGGCCGAGGAUCUCCAGGAGACACUGCAGAGGGUUUUGGACCGACGAGAGGAGGAGAGGCAGUCCAAGGAGUUGCUCCAGCUCUACCUCAAAGCUGUGGACAAAGAGGAGAGACAGCAGGAAGAGCCAAACCAGCCCAACCAGGGAGGGGCUGGAGACGUGGAUGUGCCAGACGGGAUGGAGGUGGACUCUGCAUCUGGAUUCAUAUCCAGGACACUGAUGGUCCUGAAAGGCAAAACAAGCCCAGAGACCAGACUCUCCACUGAGGACCUACAGAUGGUAGUGACCAGAGGAGUGGAAGCUAUGGAGCAGGUUCUCGGCUGGGACAGAACGAGGACGUCGGCGCUGCUGCAGGCCUGCAAAGCCGAGCUGACCAGACGUCUCCAGCAGGUUCAGGCUGUGCAGUCCAUCAGGAGCAACACCCAGCUGAACAGUAGCCGGCAGUCCGGGCCGCGGGAGGGCUGGAGCCGAUCCCAGCUGACAUUGGGUGAGAGGCGGGGUACACCCUGGACAGGUCGCCAGUUCAUCACAGGGCUGACACAGAGACAAACAACCAUUCAUGCUCAUAUUCACACCUACAGGCAUUUUAGAGUCACCAAUUAACCUAUUAACCUGCAUGUCUUUGGACUGUGCGAGGAAGCCCACGCAGACACGGGGGAGAACAUGCAAACUCCACACAGAAAGGUCCCACCCCCUUGGUGGAUUAGAUUAUGAGUUAACAGUGCUCAGAUAACAACUGCAUGUUUGCUCUGUAAGCACUCACUUGCCCUGAGGACUGUCUGCGCAUGCUGGAAACAAACCUUUCAGAGAACACAUGUCCACCUAAGACAUUAUGAUUCUGUUGGGUUGCAAAUGCCAAGGUGAUGUAAGGGUCAGUACGUACCUUGCCUUGCUAAGUUGUGGUGGCCUUCAAAGUACGUAGCAGCAAAACAGUUCAGUCAAAGUUAAAAUAAUAAGGGUUUUUUUAAAAGUCAGAAGUUAACAGAAAAGUGGUGUUGGCCUAUUUGCAAGUAACGAGAAGGGGGGAAAAAAUCACUUGAGCAACAGAAACAGUAAAAAAUAAAUCAACUGAAGUGCGUUUCUUUCUCACAUUCAGACGUGCCCUUUUGCCACACUUGUGGGGCACAGAUAAAGGAAAUGUUAGUAAGUGAAUGCAAAAGUGUCAAAUGAGAGGCAAUUUCAUGGGAGUGAAGAACCCUAUAAUGACUGUUUUGAUAGAGGAGUAGAGCUGGGAUUGCUGAGAACAAGCUGCAUAAUGUAUGAACGUUAAACGACUAGCAUUCACCGCUUCUUAGACCAGACUGACUGACUUCCAGAAUACUUUAUGGAAUUAAUUUAUUAUUUCUGCCAGAGCAUUAAAAUGUGUUUCUGUCUUUAGCUAGAAAAGAGCAUUUGUUUGCAUUCAGCCACAGUACUUUGAGGAAUACUUUUUUUUAAUUUUAUUCAAAUGCUUGUCUGAUCACAAAUGGCUUCAGGUUCUAUGUUAUGGUCACAAAUCAUUUAGAGUAUUUUAAUGAACAAUUCUUUUUUUUUUUAAAUGUCUAAAUUAAUAAGUCAAAGUGUCUUUUGA